ACAAGAAGAAUAUACACAGUCGUAUUCGACGUCUUGCGUCGUAUACGUUACGUACGCAAACGUAGUAUGUUCGUUAAACUUACUUUUAUUGUUAUAAUUGUCGAAACCGCGCAAACCUGUGUUUAAAAUGAGUUGAUUCAUACAAUCAGAUUAUGUUUUUAUUGACAAUUACUAGUUUGUGUUUAAGUUUACGAUGUUUAGGACGUGUGUUGUGCUGGUUAUCGUCUUCGUGAUACAUCUUAGUGCAUCACCUUUAGAUCCUCUCCAUUACACAAAAGGUUUUCAGUUAAACUCGUUUAUACACCACUACGAACCGGCUCGCUACGAUCGAUCUCGUUUGGAUACACAGCAUAGUCGAGUACGAAGAAGUGUAACGCAUAAACAUGAUGUACGUUUGGAAAUCCGCGGACAUGGGAGAACUUUUCGACUACGACUUACACCAGAUCGAGAAGUGUUCGCCGAGGAUGUUUCUUUUGAGUCGACAAAGGGACCACUAAGUUUUGACUCUAAGAUGGUUUAUACUGGAACGUUAGAGGAUGACGAAAAUGCUUCAGUACAUGGUAUUGUAACAAAGGAUGGACUAUUCGACGGAAUGGUAUCGACGGCAUCGGAAGAAUACUACAUAGAACCAAUAAAUAGAUACUUGCCACACAACCAAAGCCAUAAAAGCCCGUCCUUUCAUUCAAUUAUGUAUAAAACGUCGGAUGUAAAAAAUCCUAAUUUAGAAAUGCCAUGUGCCUCGCAUAUCUUAUAUGUAAAUAAUAAUCAAAAUAAGUUAGAUAAAUUAAGUAGACGUAAACGUUGGCUAUUGGAAGGCAACAGCAAGGAUCCUUACGACGAAUUCAGCUUUUGGCAUCCGAGCAAAUCGAAAAAUCCCAUAAGUACGUCCAUCGACAUACAUUCGCCGUUUAAUCAGCCGAUCGACGAGGAGAUGACUACAAGUAACAGGACUUCGUUUGACUUUAAUUUUCGGCACGUUAACAAAAGGGCCACUAUCGAUCCGAAGAAGACAACUUGUAUGCUGUACUUGCAGGCCGAUCAUCAGUUUUUUCAAAAGUAUGGAACGGAGGAGGCUUGUAUAGAGGUUAUGACGAGGCACGUACAGCGAGUCAAUGCUAUCUAUCGUACGACAGAUUUUAAUCAAGAUGGAAAAUUAGAUAACAUAACUUUUAUGAUUAAACGCAUAAAGGUACACACAACUGAAGCGCUGAAAGAUCCUUUGUACAGAUAUCCAAGUAAUUACGGAGUUGAAAAAUUUCUGGAGCUCUUUUCUGGUAAGUGCUUUUUUUCUAUUUACAUUUACUGCGUUUUCAGCAGGCAAUCGCGUUUUGUAAAAUUUCGCCGCACGAAGAAUCAUUAUUAUUCUGGACUGAUAGAGAGGGUCUGCAAUCCAUCCCCUUUGCUAUUUAUGGAGGUUUUAUCAAACAAUGAAAAUCGAAGCGCCGACCAACAGUUUAUAGAUGUUGGACAGGAGGACCUUAUUAGAUGUCCGCUGUCCGACAUACCAUAUGUCAUCACCUUCCAUCAACAUCCUUACAGAUUACGCGGGGUAAUUAACUACAAAACUCCCAUCAUAUCAAACGAUAACGGACAUUAUAUACUGCUAUAUCACCCCAUGGUGUGA